CAUUCAAGCCGUUCAUUAGCCGAGAUGAGCUAAAUCUCCAUUUGAAUACAGACAGCAAAAUAGCUGCACAAAGGUCCAGGGUUUGAUCUGUUUGGAGAAGCACUUUGUCUGCUCCCUUGAGCCAGUUGUCAUGUUCUGACCAUCCACAAUGGGCAGGCGAUAUCCUGGUGCAACCUACCGACCAAGCAGUUCAUAUUUCUAACCCUAACCAAUAUCCUGAUCCAUUGCUGACGCCCUUCUGAUCCAUGUCUGAAGUCCUGCAAGUCGAUUCAAGUGUGGAAACACUUCCAGUUUUUAUGGCAAGCCACAGCGCCACGGACAUUGUGAAUCGAAAUGCAGUUAGCCCACCAAAUACCUUGAACUUGCGCUCUUCCCACAAUGAACUAUUGAAUACAGAUAUAAAGCACGUGGAAACGAAGAGCAUAACUCCACCAAAAUGCAGGAAAAAAUAUGCACUGACAAAUAUCCAGGCAGCUAUGGGCUUGUCUGACCCUGCAUCUCAGCCUCUCCUGGGAAACAGUUCUCCAAACAUAAAGUUUGUAAAGAAUGGGGAAAAUCAGCUGAGGAAAGCUGCUGAAAAUGGGAAUGGGAAUCAAGACCAAAAUAAAAAUAUGAGUUUAGAAGAUACUGUCAACAGAAUCUCAGAGAAACUAGAAGGGAAAGAAGAGAUCCCAGAUGACUCAGAAAGUUCUGAAAUUCUACCAUUAAUUCCUAGAAGAACCAAGAGUUUUCUCAAUUACUAUGCAGACUUGGAUCUCUCCAUUGACCUGGAGCAAAGCAAUGGGCAUGUAGUAGAGGAGGAAGACUCCACAUGGAUUAAUAUUCAAGAACCUGAUAUUCUUACUAAUGGGGAUUUGCUGCCACCUAAACAGAACAAUAUCUCUAGUCCUGAGGAUAGUCAGGGCCCUACUGUAUCAUCCAGCCCAGAGACUAAGAAAGACCACCCAAAAACUGGUGCAAAAACUGACUGUGCUCUACACCGAAUCCAGAACCUGGCUCCAAGUGAUGAAGAUUCAAGUUGGACCACAUUGUCCCAAGACAGCGCAUCCCCUGUAUCUCCAGAUGAGACAGCAGAUAUAUGGAGCGACCACUCGUUUCAAACUGAUCCAGAUCUUCCACCUGGCUGGAAGAAAAUCAAUGAUAUCGCUGGCAUCUACUACUGGCAUAUACCAACUGGAGCAACUCAGUGGGAACGCCCGGAGUCAGCACCUACAGAUCUCCCAGCCUCACGCAAAGGAUCACUCAGCUCUAUCACAUCAACACCCACACCAGAAAAUGAGAAACAGCCUUGGAGUGAUUUUGCUGUUCUGAAUGGGGGAAAGAUUAAUGUUGACAUUUGGAAGGAUUUGCAUGCGGCCACAGUCAACCCAGAUCCAAGCCUAAAGGAGUUUGAAGGAGCGACAUUACGCUACGCCUCACUAAAGCUAAGAAAUGUGCCGCAGUCUGAUGAAGAUGAUUCCUCCAGCAUUAACAGUGACCCUGAAGCCAAGUGCUUUGCAGUGCGCUCUUUGGGCUGGGUAGAGAUGGCAGAGGAAGACUUGGCCCCAGGGAAAAGCAGCGUUGCUGUGAACAAUUGUAUCAGGCAGUUAUCAUACAGCAAGAAUGACAUCCGAGACACUGUUGGCAUUUGGGGAGAGGGUAAAGACAUGUACUUGAUCUUGGAGAAUGACAUGCUAAACCUGGUGGACCCCAUGGACCGCACACUGCUUCAUUCUCAGCCCAUUGUUAGUAUUAGAGUCUGGGGCGUUGGACGGGACAACGGACGGGAGAGGGACUUUGCUUAUGUUGCAAGAGACAAGGAUACAAGAAUAUUAAAAUGUCACGUGUUCCGAUGUGACACACCAGCUAAGGCAAUUGCUACAAGUCUUCACGAAAUCUGUUCUAAGAUUAUGGCAGAGAGGAAAAAUGCCAAAGCUACGGCUUGCAGCUCUAUGCAGGAGAGGCCCCACGCCAGCCUAGAUGUCCCGUUGCAAGUAGAAUUUCCAACACCAAAGACAGAACUUGUGCAGAAGUUUCAUGUUCAGUAUAUGGGAAUGACGGCAGUCUCUAAACCUAUUGGUAUUGAUAUCCUGAAUGAAGCCAUUGAAAGUCUUUUGAACCCAUCAGUCAAGGAAAGCUGGACUCCAGUUAUCAUGAAUGUAGCUGAUGCAACAGUGACAGUGAUAAAAGAGAAGGAUGAAGAGGUCAUAGUGGAAUGCAGAGUUCGCUUCCUGUCCUUUAUGGGUGUUGGAAAGGACAUUCAUACGUUUGCCUUUAUCAUGGAUACUGGGAGUCAGCAUUUCGAGACACACGUGUUUUGGUGUGAGCCCAAUGCAGGAAGCGUCUCCGAAGCCGUCCAGGCUGCAUGCAUGUUGCGGUACCAGAAGUGCCUGGUUGCCAGACCUCCCUCUCAGAAGGCACAGCCUCCACCUCCCCCGUCAGACUCUGUGACCCGGAGAGUUACAACUAGCGUAAAACGCGGGGUUUUGUCCCUUAUUGACACUUUGAAACAGAAACGUCCCGUUGCUGACAUGCCAUAAUUGCAAGCGAAGGGCUGAAUUGUGAACACUCGAGUAUAAUAUCGUCACUGGAAUUACAGUAGCGCACUCAAGGACAGCACCGCAGUACGGCCAUCUUUCUGCUGCUUUGUCUCCAGAGAACUUACCCUUUCCCAACGUUCGACGAGCAUGUUCUUGUUCUCCGACACCAUGGCGUACUGCAAAAAGAAGCAUGAAUUCAAAUAUAUAUCUACUCAUAACUUUUCCUUUUCCCUGUCAGUGGUUGUCAUUACAUGCAUUGGAUAGUCUGUUUCAGAUUGUAAAUACGAUGAACAUUUCAUGACGAGAUGAGAUUUUCUGCACUCUCCUAGUAGUGAAUGCCACGGAGUACUUCCAUGUUAAGGAUUACUCGGCAUCCCCCUAGUUCACUGCCUCAUUUCAUCGCUGAAAAUGUAAUAAUUCAUUGCUGUGAUCAUGUCCACAGUGGAGGUACUGUUACCUGAUGGAAGGUGUUGCCAAAGUCACUCCCUGGAAUCCCUCUAACCAGGACCCCAUGGCACUUAAUGAUUUUCAUACCCAAAGAAUUUGAUUUCUAUGAAUUGAGGGUUUCACCUUAUAAGCAGCUUUCCGGGAUGUUGUAGGCAGCGCUAAUCUGAGCCAGUUUGCUCUUUCUCUAUUGGGAGCUUUUGACCCGCUUCCCAUUUCUAGUCUGUGUUUCUACAAAUAUGGUUGCCAAGUCUAGUAGCCCUUACAAACGGGAAGCUGAUUGAAUGUGUACAGUAGGGGAACCCCACAGCAACAUUUAGCCCCCCCAAAACUUGGUGCAAAAAGAUAUGGCAGCUGGCACUAGGAGUUCCACAGCACUUUGCGUAUUAUUUAUUGGCCUUCCAUGCUGCUCAGGGCAGUGUAACCACAGAAGCUUCAGAGACACAGGGUCCCCUUAUUGUUACAACCUUUAAUUUGAGAUCAGAUGCUUAUUUUCAUAAAUGAUCUGUGUAUUCAUUUCAGUAUGCCAUUUGUACUGCUGUAUGUUUGCUUGUGUCAGUGACCCUAGCAACCAGAAGUCUAUCAAAAUGAGAACUAUUCCAAAAAUAUUAAAUAAGGAAGAUCCCCCAGAAUUCUAAGGGUACCACUGCCUAUGGCAUAUUAAAGGUGACAUUCGUGUGCAAGGUUUUACCUUUAAAUGUUUUAUGCAAAUCAGAUUUACCUGGAGAAAUAGGAUAUAUAUAUUUAAAUGUUCUAAAAUACAUGGAAUGGUAUUUAGUUAAAGAACUUGUUGCACCGUAGCUGUAUGAUUCCUAUUUCCCAUGGAGUAAAGGGCAAGUCUGUAGGAAUACCCCAGUUUUAGACUGAUACAAGUAGUUUAUCUGUGCUGUACUUAGUUUAGCCCAAACACAACAGUCCUGGCUCAGCGGGUUUAUGUACAUAAGCACUCACAUUAUACUCGUUAUUUUUUUAGAUGCAUAAAAAUCUGAAGAGAAUGAAACUAAUAUUAUACUAUGGCUAAAUGCACACAGACAUGUUGUCCUUGCCCAGGGCUGUACUAAGACCCAAGGCUGUGUAGUAAACGCUGCAGUCCUUUGUAGUUACAGAAAUACAGCUCCAGCAUUUAGAGAAAGCUGGGACAUGUAGUUCAAGAACAUCUGGAGGGCACAGUAGGUGCUAAUAGGGGCAUCCUGUUCUCUCGUACUUGUGGGCAAAAUGCAAAGUUGCACAGUGAAGUUGGUGGCUGCUCAACAUACUGUCAGAGGUUCCACACCCUAUCAGAGGUUAUUGUUCAGCUAGAACAUUGAUACCAAAAACUGAUGUAGUACUGGGGAGUGGAGCUGGAGUUUACUUGUUUAAAUUCCAUGCAACCUUGUGACCACAAAUCCACCAGAAUUUCCUAAGGCAGAAUCAUGGUGCUCACAAGAUUUGAGCCAGAUGCUGCUGUUCCUGUUAUAGACAGGAAGUGUUUGAGAGUUGUAUGGUAUGGAGCCAUGAAUGCCUGCAGGCAAUAGACACGCAUGUUGGUCACUACCAGAGGACAUAAAUGCCAGUGCGGGAAGGGGUACAUUAUCCCCUAUAUCAAUAGGAUACAUGGUUGUGCUGAAAUAGAAAUUGAAUAGAUCUCAUGCUACAGAUGGUAAAUAUGCCCACACUGUCCUUCUGUUGAUGCCACAUAGGUCAGUAGCCCUAUUGCUUUAUUGCAAACUUUUGCUGGUUGUUAGUGCAUUGUAUGUGUACAUUAUACAGGGACUGGCAGAAACACUAUGGCACUGGUAACAAAGGAAAGUAUAACUGUCUUUCUAUAGUGUGUUGGAAAUCUGUAGGGAGAGGGACGUUUGGUGUGGCCUUAAUACGAAUACAGGCCCCCUAAUGUCUGAGUUGGAGGAGGAAAGUCAUAGUAAUUCCCAAGGAACCACGUAGAUUGUAUGUCCAGCAACGCAAUAUCUCAGAGCAUCCUGUGAGAAGUUGUGUGUGAAUUUGAUGCCUAUGUAUUUUUUGCAGUUAUUCAGCAUUCUGUCCUGUCUUAUACAUGAGGCCCCAUUUGGUUACUGUAACUGCCCUUCUAUUGCGAAUGGUAAUAUAGUCCCACAAAUUGUCACCAGAAACCCCUUAUAUAGUCUCUUAUAUAGUAGGCAGUAACUAUAAAGUGGGACAUUGGGAGUGAUUGGCUGCUUGUGAGCAGUCUGGGCUUAGUCUUUAUAAAAGGAAUCUGGGAAUCUGUAAUAAUUCCUGGAUAUCACCGGUAUCUGCAUUCAGUCAAUCAAUAAUCCAUACAUUUUAUAAGGGAGGGAAAUGAAUAGUUUUACCUUGUCAGGGGCUGUACCUGCUGAAAAGACUUUCUAUGAUUAAUGGUCUCCCUUCCCCUGGCCCCCGUGUAUUGGCCCCCGUGUAUUGGCCCCUGUGUAUUGGCCGCUCUUCACUGUUUGUGUUUGCAGCCAAGUGUCCUUGAAAUGAGGGCAAUACACUCACUGCUGUCUUCUACCCGAUUCUACUGAGAGGAGACAGACUGGAGAGGGAAAUGCUUUAUACUCCCAUUAUCUUACAUGGGAAUGUUUAAAUAGGGGAUACUUAUUGUUAAUUAGUACUUUUCCAUGUGUUCUUAAUAUAUUGGUAAUAUGAUGACUUUCAUAUUAGCCAAAUGAAGCCAUCAGUGGGACAUGUCUGUGCCCAUUCUGUCUGCCAGCUGGUACAAGAAACAAUCACUCAGUCAGACAAUUUGGCUUCUGAUCUGAGAGGCUACAAGUCAUAUUAAGCUAGCUGGAUCUUACUAGUCACUUAUGGGAAUGUCCAAAUGGCUCCCCUAAUGGGUUCAGUGGCCCUACAUUAACUUAAGUGCCUCGUCCCAGACAUAUUGUCAGUUAUUUCGGUCAGAAUGUAAACACCACCAGAGUAUUCAGCUUGUGACCGGCAUGAUGUAAACGCUGCCACUCUGAGCAUUCCCCAGCUAAGCUGACAGACAAUGAACAGACCCUAAUACACCGUCCAGCCACAACUUCCAGUCCCCUCGUGUACGUGUCCUUAGUUAUUAACCUAGAGCUGCUAACUACAGGCAGUAUGGGGCCGAUACCCAGAAGCCAGGCUAGAACUCAUCCAACCGUGUGGCCACUUACUGGCACCCUGAAAAAUCAUGUCUCCAUGUUGCAUGGCCAUUUACAGCUAUUAGGGCUCACAUUCCGCCAUAGUCAUCUGUGUUUGUUUUGGAAAGCGCUGCGGGAAAAAUAGGGCCUAUUGAUCCCUUAAUGACUUGUAAUUACCCAAACACCAGUUGGACACAGCAGUUUAAUUUGCAGAGUGUAGCCCCCAGUGAUCGGUGAUACUCUCCCUGCUCUGGUGCAUCAUGGGUAUCACUAUCAGUGUAGCAGGAUGGGUCCAGAAUGAAACAGGAACCCUAAAAGUGUGGCAGCAGCAUAUUCCUAGAGCACUUUGUGUUUCAUGUAAGAGUCAGACAUUACGGGCCCUUCCUAUGUGCAACAUGGUGCCAGCAUUAGGUGCCAAUAGUAGGGCACAGGAUCUGGCUCAUAUUGGGGCCCUUCCUUCAUUGCCCAGGGGCUCUCAUUUCCAUAACUCUGGCAUCAGACGAAAUGGCGGAAGUGAUCUAUGGGAAAAGGAACAUCCUUUGCAGAUAUUUUGUUUUAAAAAUAGCUUUGCAUAUUUUAACUUAAAAGAUUAUUUUGUAAAACCAAUUGUAAUUAAAAAAGUCACUUUUUUUUACGGCCAAAAAGUAUGUAUGUGGUAUGUGUGACUAAAUGCCAACGUGUUAGUAAGAGUUCAUUUAUCUAUGCAUUAUUUGUAUGCAGCGGCUCUAUAAACAGCCAUGUUCACUA